AAAUCGGGAUAGGACUAUUAUGUUUUGGAAUUUUAUUCAUCUUUUUUGGUGUCAUCUUCAUGUUCGAUUCUGGGCUCUUGGCCCUUGGCAAUUUAAUGCUUUUGGCAGGCCUUGCCUUUUUAGUAGGUGCUCAAAGAUGUUUUGCAUUAUUUUUUCAACGACAUAAACUCAGAGGAACUUUGUUCUUUAUUGGAGGUAUCUUUGCUGUCUUUUUGCGAUUCCCAAUCAUCGGAAUGAUUUUGGAGACUUACGGGUUUUUUCACCUUUUCAGGGAUUUCUAUUUUUCUUCUAUGAACCCGAUUAAAUGCUUCUAA